AUGAAUAAGAAAGAGAGAGAAGAAGUUGAAAGGUGGAUCGCCGGAGAUGAAACUGCGGCGGAGAUGCUACUUAGGGUCUCGAGUGUGCGACCUUUCUUGCUUCCUCCACCGCUCCACAAGGUUCCUCUACGCGUCGGCAAUGUCCUUGAGCUUGUGGGUCCCUCUCCUUCUGCCAAAACACACAUUCUCAUUCAGGCUGCAAUCAGUUGCAUUCUCCCCAAAGAGUGGAAUGGGGUACACUAUGGAGGCUUCGACCAUUUGGUACUCUUUAUUGACCUCGAUUGUCGCUUUGAUAUUAUGCGUUUUUCCCAAAUGCUCAUUCAUCGGAUUAUGGUGGAAGCUAGUGGAGAUUAUGAUACUACAUUAUAUAAUUUCUGCAUGGCUCGCUUUUUGUAUGUACGUUGUUCCGACAGUUUUCAAUUUCUUCAGACUCUUAAGACGUUACACUAUCGCUUAAAAAAGGAGAAAGAAGUUCAUGGGGUUAGUGUUCACCUGCUCAUGAUUGACAGCAUUGGAGCUUUUCAUUGGGUGGAUCGUGCAUCAAUGUUCUUGUCUCUAAGAGAAAACAACAGGCAAAAACUUUUCCUUCAGAGUGUGUCAGAAGCUGUAGUUCAAGAUAUUAAAAAACUUCUUCAGGAGCAUCCUAUGCUUGUUAUAGCUACAAAGUCUGUGAUUUUUGGGAAUAAACAUUCUACGUCUUCAAAUGAGGUCAAAGGGAAUUUUAUAAAAGAUAACCGGGAAGAAAGAUGUUCAAGAAAUGUUACAAGAAACCAUCAACAUUUUCAGCAUCGUGAGUAUAUGCCUUCUGUCUGGCAGUCCUUUGUUACACACAGAGUACUUAUACGUUCUUCAGAUGAUCAUCCUGUUUCAAGCAAUUAUCAAACCUCGUCAUUCUAUUUGUUGGAAUGGCUAUUGCCAAGAUUGAGUCUUCCAGAAAAGAUUGUAGUGAAAGAUGCUGGUGUCUUUGUCGAUUCAUGA